UGCAGUGCCUCAAGAGCAGUGCUGUGACUGUCCCAGAGAUGCUGCUCUUCGUAUCCACUCUGGAUGGAAACCUCCACGCAGUGAGUAAGAGCACAGGGGACAUCAAGUGGACCCUCAAGGAUGAUCCCAUUCUGCAGGUGCCUGUCUAUGUGGCAGAACCCGCGUUCCUCCCAGACCCCAAUGACGGCAGCCUCUACAUCCUGGGAGGGAAGAACAAGGAGGGCUUGAUGAAGCUCCCAUUCACCAUCCCAGAGCUGGUCCAGUCCUCGCCGUGCCGCAGCUCGGAUGGGGUGCUGUACACCGGGAAGAAGCAGGACACGUGGGUCAUCGUGGACCCCAAGUCAGGGGAGAAGCAGACCACGCUCUCUACAGAGGCCUGGGAUGGUCUGUGCCCGUCCAGUCCCCUGCUCUACAUCGGCCGGACCCAGUACAUCAUCACCAUGUACGACACCAAGUCACGGCAGCUGCGCUGGAACGCCACCUUCUCUGAGUACUCAGCACCGCUCUGCGAGGAGCAGCACCACUACAAGAUGGCUCACUUCGCAUCCAGUGGGGACGGGCUGGUGGUGACACUGGACAAGGAGAGUGGGGAGAUGCUGUGGGCACAGAACUAUGGCUCACCCGUGGUUGGCAUCUACAUGUGGCACCAGGACAGCCUGCGCCGCGUCCCACACCUCAACCUGGCCAUGGAGACCCUGCGCUACCUCACCUUCCACUCGCAGGACAUCCACUGGAGCCACCAGUCCUUGAGGGACUUCACCAGCACCAAGACCCAGCUGCUGCCGGCGCUGUACGUGGGGAAGCACGCAGCCAGCUUCUAUGCCCUGACAUCCCUGGUGCACAGCAGCGUGGCGCUGGUGCCACAGGGCAUCACACUGGCCAGGAUCGAUGGCCCCACCACAGAGGAGGUGACCAUGAGGGAGUCGGGGGAGUGUGAGAUCACACCCAGCACUGAUGUCAAGUACCCGCAGGGCAGCAUCACCGCGCUCCGCAACCAGUGGCUACUCAUAGGGCACCAUGAGCUGCCCCCCGUGGUGCACACCACGAUGCUGAGGGCGUUCCCAGAGAUCCUGAGGAAGACAACAGAAACCAUCAUCCCCAGGGCCCCGUCCGCCAGGACCCUGUUCGAUGAUUUCCUGGCCCCGAGCAGUGUGGAGGAGCCAUCCAUCCGCAGCGAGGAGCAGUUCCCAUUGGAUCCCGCACCGGGGGAGCAGGUGGAGGUGUACCCUGAUCCCAGUGCAUGGGAGCUGGUGACGGCUGCGGUGGGCACGGCUCUGCUGGGCGGGGGGAUGCUGCUCCUGCUGCUCACGAGGCUGCAGCGGCAGCACACGGAGCAGCAGCAGCAGCUGGAGAGGCAGAUCCAGCUCCUGCAGCAGCAGCAGGAGAUGCUGCUCCCCGGCCGGGGCUCCAGGGAUGCUGCUGCUGCGGAGCCAGGGCUGAGCCAGCACACAGCAUCCCAGCACCCGCAGGGCCCCUCGGCCCUACAGGACCUGGUUAAUGGGACCAGCAGUGCAGAUCCCACUGCCCCAGCGGCCGAUGGAGAUGCAGAACUGGACAUGGUUGUAGUUGGGAAAGUCUCCUUUAACCCCAAGGAUGUGUUGGGCCAUGGAGCUGGAGGAACCUUUGUCUUCAGGGGACGGUUCGAGGGCCGGAACGUGGCUGUGAAGCGGCUGCUGCCCGAGUGCUUCCACCUGGUGGACCGGGAGGUGCGGCUGCUGCGGGAGUCCGACGAGCACCCGCACGUCGUGCGCUACUUCUGCACCGAGAGGGACAGGCAGUUCCACUACAUUGCCAUCGAGCUCUGCUCUGCCACACUGCAGGAGUAUGUGGAAAGCCCCAGCUUUGACCGCCGUGGCCUGGACCCGGUGUCUCUGCUGCACCAGACCAUGUCCGGGCUGGCUCAUCUCCAUUCCCUCAGCAUCGCCCAUCGUGACCUGAAACCCUGUAACAUCCUCAUCUCUGCCCCAAACCCCCAUGGGCAGAUCCGAGCUGUCAUCUCCGACUUCGGCCUCUGCAAGAAGCUGCAGGGGGGACGACAGAGCUUCAGCCUCCGCUCCGGCAUCCCUGGCACUGAGGGAUGGAUGGCACCCGAGCUGCUGCAGGAGGCUCCAAAGGAGAACCCGACAUGUGCUGUGGACAUCUUCUCAGCCGGCUGCAUCUUCUACUACGUGUUGUCAGGGGGACAGCACCCGUUUGGGGACAGCUUGCGGCGACAGGCCAACAUCUUGUCAGGCUCUUACCAGCUGAGCUGCCUGGAGGAAGAAGCUCAUGACAAGCUGGUUGCCAGAGACCUGAUUGUGGCAAUGAUCAGCCCCGAGCCCCAGCACCGACCCUCAGCCCCCGUGGUCCUCGUGCAUCCCUUCUUCUGGAGCCGGGAGAAGCAGCUGCAGUUCUUCCAGGACGUCAGCGACCGCAUCGAGAAGGAGCCCUCUGAGGGUCCCAUUGCCUCUGCCCUGGAGGCAGGCGGGCGGGCGGUGGUGAGGACCAACUGGAGGAUGCACAUCUCCCUGCCGCUGCAGACCGACCUCAGGAAGUUCCGCACCUACAAGGGGGCCUCGGUGCGAGACCUGCUGCGGGCCAUGAGGAACAAGAAGCACCAUUACCAUGAGCUGCCGGCUGAGGUCCGCGCCACACUGGGCUCCGUCCCCGAUGCCUUUGUGCACUACUUCACCUCCCGCUUCCCCCGGCUGCUGCUGCACACACAUGGGGCCAUGAGGCUCUGUGCCCACGAGCGGCUCUUCCACCCCUACUACAGCCAGGGGCCGGCAGGUGAUGGGAAGUGAGCAGGAUGCACACUGGGACCACACCAGCCUCUGGGGCCACAUCCCUGGAGCAGCCCCGGGAGCUCUCCGGUGUCCCUGCACCCUCCAUGGGGUGAUGGGGGUCUCAGGACCGGUUGCCCAGUGUACAGGUGGGCUACAAGCAGCAUGACCCAGAGGAGCUGAGUACAGAGCAGCACUGCUCCUGCCUGAGCUCUGCUGAGCCCAAGAGGGACCCCCCUGGGCACCCACCUUUACAAGUGCUUGCUAAAAGCAUCUACAUGAGUGAUCCGGUGGCUGCCGAUGGACACGGUGCUUGUGUUUGCCUGAGGGUGGCUGCAGAGCAGGACACCAGCACAGCCAGGAUGGGGCCAGGCCACAGCAGGGGGAUCAGGGAGCUGCACCCUGUGCCACGUACCUGGGAGAGCAGCUCUGAGUGCAUCCAACCUGGCUGUGACCUGGACUGGGAACUCCUUCACAGCAUCAGACUGCUUGGGGUUGGAGGGAUGUUAAACCAACCCCUGCCAUGGGCAGGGACAGCUUCCACUAGAGCAGGGUGCUCCAAGCCUCAGUCUUGACGCUGGAGGUGAUGCCUCAGCACAGGUCAGCUCCUGGCACCAGCCCAGGGCUGCUGAGGACAAGGCAGCACCAGCCUGCAGGGGAGCGAGAGGCCUCCCAGUAAUGAAGCACAAUCCCAGUAAUGAAGUUUUAACCUCAGCUGGGCUGAGAAAUGCUUCUGGUGGCUGCAGCCUGGGACUGGGCCUGCCCAGAGCAGUGGAGCUGCUGUCCCAGGACACCAAGGCAGGGAUCACCCCAGGGAUCCUCCCAUGUUACCCCACAGCCUCCCUGCUGCCUCAGGGCUGUUCUGGUUUAUAGCAUCCCCAUGGGCAUGUAUUUAAUGCAGUAAGGUUUCCUCUUGGGAAAGGCAAUAAUUGUGUACAGUGUGAUUCCUGUGCUGGGGUGUGGGAUAUUGUCUUGCAGGUAACAAGGUGUUUGUACCUGGUUUCUUUUCAGGAUGCUGUAUGGUCUAGAGCCUUUUAUACUAAAUGUUAUUAAAAGACAACUAAAGA